AUGGCCGUAGAUGCCCAGACACCCGACCACAGGUCCCUGCGGACGGCAUCCUGGUCCCUCCUGGAGUCUCCCGUGGCGCCCCCGAGCCAGCCGCCGCCGCCCAACGCCACGACCUGCGACAACGUGCCCGAGGUGUGGGCGGCGCUGCAGCGGACGCUGCCCGGCUGCAUCGUGGCCGUGUGCGCGCUGGGCCUGCUGGGCAACCUCUUCGUGCUGUCCGUCUUCCUGGCGCCGCGGCGGCGCCUCAGCGCGGCCGAGACCUACCUGGCCAACCUGGCGGCGUCCGACCUGGUCUUCAGCCUGGGCUUGCCCUUCUGGGCCGAGAACGUCCGCAAUGCGUUCCACUGGCCCUUCGGGGGCGCGCUGUGCCGCGUGGUCAACGGGAUGAUCAAGGCCAACCUGUUCAUCAGCAUCUUCCUCGUCGUGGCCAUCAGCCAGGACCGCUACCAGGUGCUGGUGCACCCCGUGGCCAGCAGGAGGCGCCCGCGCCGCCGCCGCGCCCGGGCCACCUGCGCGCUGGUCUGGGCGCUGGGCGGGGUCCUGAGCGUGCCCACCUUCCUGCUGCGCUCCCUGAGCGCCGUGCCCGGCCUCAACAUCACGGCCUGCGUGCUGCAGCUGCCGCACCCCGCCUGGCACUACGCGCGCCUGGUGGAGCUCAGCGUGCUGGGCUUCCUGCUGCCGCUGGCCGCGCUGGUCUUCUUCAACGGCCACAUCCUGGGCGCGCUGUGGGCGCGGCGCGAGGGGCCUGGCGCGCAGGGCGCGGGGGCCCGCGGCAGCAAGACCACGGCGCUCAUCCUCACGCUCGUGGGCGCCUUCGUGCUCUGCUGGGCGCCCUACCACUUCUUCGUGCUCCUGGAUCUGCUGUUCCAGGUGGGCGCCGUGCAGGGGUGCUUCUUGGAGAACUUCGUCGACCUGGGCCUGGUGGUGGCCAACUUCUUCGCCUUCCUCAACAGCUGCCUCAACCCGGUGCUCUACGUCUUCGUGGGGCGGCUGUUCAGGACCAAGGCCUGGGAGCUGUUCCGGCAGUGCACCCCGCGCGGCCUGGCCUCGGCCACCUCCACCCGCAGGCAGAGCCACCAGCUGACCGGGUGGAAUUAGAGCCCGCCCCAGGCAUCGUCGAGGGCUGCGGGACGGUCCCCCGGGGUGGGCGUAGUACGAUUUGCAAACCACCUACCCCAGCUCCGUCCUGGCUCUGGGGCUGGUCCCUACCCUGAACCCUGUCAGCCGUGAUCCUGGAACCCAGAGCCAGGAGUUAUAAUUGGGUGUGCCUCAGUUGCCCUGUUGCGGGAGUGGCUCAGGAAACCUUAAGUUCCCUGUAGGAGCAGCAAGGACCACCCAGUGUCCGCCACCAGCAGGGGGAUGGCCCGAGCACCAAAAGCGGAAGCACUGGGCCAAGAAGCUCGGGCCGGGGACAGAGCCAUAGUACAGCAGGUAAAAGCGUUUGCCUUGCACGCGGUUGAACCCUGCACCAGUUCAAUCCCCAGCAUCCCGUAUGGACCCAGAGCAUCAUCAGGUGUCAUUCCUGAGUGCAGAACCAGGAGUUAACCCUUGAGCAUCGCCGGGGGGACCCAAAACGCCAGAAAUGAAAAAGAGAGAAGCUUGGACUUCCUUCCCACGGGUCCCAGAGCCAGCCAGGCCACGGUGCCGAAUACGGCAAUUCUGUACUGACGUAAUGAUGAAUAAUUGAACAAUGGGCUGAUUCUCGAAGGCGGAUCACACAGACGGGGGGGUCUGUGACUGUCUCCAGGGUAACCAUGACGUGCUGAGGCUCUUAGUGAUCUGGAGCCGGGAGGUGAAUCCGGAGG